AAAAUAAUCGGAGAUAUUUCUCAUGUGAGUAUUUUUUCUACAGUUAAAAAAUUUUGCUUCUUAUCAUUUUUAUAUCUUACUAAUUUAUAUUUAUUUUUAUCUAUUAAAAAAUGUCAUUUUCAGUUUACUGAAUAAUUCAACUUUUUGGAUAGCAGACUUUGAACUAUUUUUUGUUUUUGUAAUUUACAAUAUGCCAACUUUACGAAAGUAUUUUGGUUUAAGUCACACAUACUGUUGUUUCAAAGUUAUAAAUUUUUAUAUGAAAAAUUGCAUUUCUUUGAUCUUGUUACAAUACUUAAUUGAUCUGUUACAAUAAGUUAUAAUAUUUAUAUGUAUUUUUUUAAAUAAUAAUUAUACAAAUACUUUCUACAAAUGUUAAAGUAUAUGUGAGAAUCUUAAUAAUUUUUACAUACUUGUAAAAUAAAAAUUAAUAAAAUUAAUAAUGAAAUCGAUAAUCGAAUCUAUCAAAAUGUUGUCAUCGCUUUUUCAUGACGCUGAUCGAUUCUUUCGAAAAGAGUGCUGUAUGGAAUAUAAUAUAUGAAUAAAAAUGAUUUUUGGAAUGUAAAUGAUAUUCCAGUUUAUUUAUGCAAAAAAAUAGAUAAUUAUUUUCGAGAUAACUCAAAUAAAACAAUAAGAGCGUUGCAAGCGUCAAAAGAAACACACCGCAUUAAUUAAUCAAAAGCGUAUCGCAACAGAUUGCUUUUUGUUCCAAAAUGGUCGAGUCCUUGUCUUUCGGAAUAUAACGGAAGCAGAAAAGAAUUAAUGAGACAAUUUGUUUAUAAACUCGUUUUUUAAGAGAACAAAUUUUGCUAUGGCUUUUGGACUGACACAAUGGUUAAUAUCAUUUACGAUAUUUCUGGCAGUUCUAAUAAUUAUUACUUGGUCCGCGAUACACUUGAGCAAAAAGAGUCAAAACUCUACAGAUAUCAGUCUGAGAUUUCUUGACGUGGAUUAUCCAAUUGAAUGGAAGAAUAAAUCGUUUCAUUCUACAAUUGUGAAUACAUCGACGUCGCGAGUGAUAGAGAGUACCGAUGGCUCGACAUUAUUUGCAAAUGAUCAAGGCUCUGAGAUAACAGACAGCUCGGAAUUUUACAAAAUAUUGCAAACCUUCUAUUCUACCAAGAGUAGCGCUUUUCAUAACGUAAAUAAUACUGCAACAAAAGCAUUUGCAUCUUCUGCAGCCGGAAACGAUUCAACGUGGAAUAAUGACACUACAAUUAUGCUAUCUAAUACGUCUGAAAAGAUUUUCGUAUUAAAUGACCAUCAACACAUUAACGAGAAAGUUAUGUUAUCAAAUCAUAUUUCACAAACGGUACAUUCAACGCAUUUAACACAUGAAGAAAAAUUAUCCAACAUAAAUAAAUCGUCAGAAUCAGAUUUGAGUCAAUCUAUCGGAACGGAGCACACCGAAUUUCCCCGGGAUGAAAGAAACGGAAUAUCGUAUAGUCUAUAGCUUUUUUAAUUACACGAGCAUUUUCUGACGCUGAACAAUCAAAUAUAACAGAACAGACAAAAUCAAUACACGUUAUGUAAAAUGGAAGCUUUAAUAACAUGUUGACAAAAACUCCUACAAAGUAACGUGCUAUCAAUUAUAUUGCAGUAUACUUAAAUACGUUCGUUAGUAUUCUGUACAUUUAUUAUUAUUAUAUAUUGCUAGAAAUAGAUGCAAUAAAUUGCAAUAUAUUAUUUAUACGAUUUUAUGAUUACAUAGACAAUAAAAUGUUGAUGGCUUUCAUGAUUCUUAAGAGUCAUAAAAUUGAAGUUUUAUACGAAAAUUUUAGUUUUUUAAAAUAAGUUUCAUAUUAUUAACAUGUUUUUAAUAAUUUUAUGUAUAAA